AUGAAGUCCACAGUAACAAAUGAGGACAAAUCCAGUCCAACUGAAGCAUUUCCUUUUCCAAAUACUACACCUCUUUCUCAGUUAAGAUAUUGUGUAUGGAAAGAAAAUGUUACGCCAGAUUCAACUAGCAAAACCUACUUAUCUCUCAAUGAAGAUACAGACGUGCAGAAUCAAAGAAUUCAAUCUACUAUUCGAAAGCCACUUUCCGAGUUGACAUAUUGUGAAUUUCAUGGUUCUACAUCCAUUGGAUCUACCAAUGCUCCAAUUUUGCAAAACAGCAACAGUAACAACACAGGUAUUGUUCAAUUUGAUUGUCCUAUUGGAAGAAGCAAAACCAAUGUGUUUAAUACAGAAGAACUGUUACCUAAAGAAAUUGUGGGUACCAGCUCCAGUCAUGCUUCACUAAAUUCUUGUGCUUUUUCUGAAGUUGUUAAUCCUUUUUAUGUUCAACAACACCAAAAUCAUGGUUUACAAUUUUGUCACCCUUCUCGGGAGCAGGCUAUUAAAUCUAUUUCGAAGAUAUUGGAUUUUGACAAUAAUUCUGAAGAAGAUGAGAAUGAUGAUAACAUAAUUGGACAUUUCAAAUCUGAUUUGUAUUCAAAAGUUGAAAUUCAAGGAAAUGUUGAUGUUGGGGAGUGUUCACUUGAGUGUCCCUAUUGUCAAGCUCAACUGUGGUCUGAUAGUCAGCAAUCCAUAUUUGAUAAAUCAUUGAUCGAAGAAUUGAAGAAAAUGAUUGACAAACACAAUGUACUUGCUCAAACAUUCAGAAGAGUAAGAGAUUUUAUACAUGAUCAUGAACAAUCAGAUUUUGGAUUGAGGUUAUUUAGACAUCGCUUUAAGGAUCCUAGAGUAUAUAAUACACCAGUAGCAGAUGAAGUGGCAGCAUUGAUUGUUGGUGAUUUGAGCACCUUAGAUGUAGGAAGGGACAUCAUUGUCAAGAAAGUUUCUGGUCAAUUAACAAGACUACAUGAAACACACACAUGUUUCAUUCCUCUUCAAUAUCCUUUGAUUUUCCCAUAUGGAGAGGAUGGUUAUCAAGAGGAUAUUCCAAUUAGAAAUUGUCAAAAAUAUGGACAAAGUAGAAAAAGAAUUCGCAUUUCUUUACGAGAAUUCAUUGCUUUCAUAAUACAAGAUAGAAAGGUUGAAUUUGGUAAUGUUGUAAAUUCAUGUAGAUUGUUUCAACAGUUUUUAGUGGAUACAUACACCAUGAUUGAAGCCCAAAGGUUGUCUUUUAUACGAAAUAAUCAAAAACUCAUUCAUUCAGAUAUUCUGAAUGGGUUACAAGAAGUUGUUAACAAAGGUGAAACUGAUCCUUCUUCCAUUGGUAAGCGUAUUGUUCUUCUAGCUUCAUUUACAGGUGGUAGGAGAUACAUGUUCAAUAAUUACCAAGAUGCUAUGGCAAUUUGCAAGAGGUAUGGCUAUUCAGAUUUGUUUAUAACAAUCACAUGUAAUGUAAAUUGGCCUGAAAUUGUUGAUUUUGUCAAAUCAAGAGGAUUAACUGCUUCAGAUAGGCCAGACAUAGUUUGCAGAGUUUUUAAAAUGAAAUUAGACCAAAUGAUGACCGAUUUCAAGAAGAAUAAUUUCUUUGGCAAAGUCAAUGCAGGUAUGUAUACAGUUGAAUUUCAGAAGAGAGGUCUGCCACAUGCUCAUAUAUUACUAUGGUUGAGUGACUCUAACAAGUUAGAAAAUGCAAAGCAUAUAGAUCAAGUUAUCUCUGAUGAACUUCCUCAUCCAGAUCUCUAUCCUAAACUUUCAAAGGUUGUUCAAACAUAUAUGAUACAUGGUCCUUGCGGAGUUGCUAGAUUCAACUCGCCAUGUAUGAAAGAAGGUCGGUGUUCUAAAUUUUUUCCUAAAAAAUUUAGACAUUCAACUACAAUUGAUGAAGAUGGAUAUCCUGUAUAUAAACGUAGAGAUGAUGGUUUAUUUGUGUUGAAAAAUGGACAUAAAUUAGGUAAUGCAAAUGUGGUGCCGUAUAGUCCUCUUCUCUUAAUGCGUUAUCAAGCUCAUGUUAAUACAGAAUAUUGCAACACAUCCAACUCAAUCAAGUAUUUGUUCAAAUAUGUCAACAAAGGUCCUGAUAGAGCAACAAUUAAAAUUACAGACAAGGAGAAUGAAUCUACAGGGAUGCGUAUUGUUGAUGAGAUAAAAAGAUACUAUGAUUUUAGAUAUUUAUCUGCAUGUGAAGCAGUUUGGCGAAUUUUUGGUUUCGAUAUCCAUCAUCGGUGGCCAGCUGUUCAACAAUUAACUUUUCACUUACAAGAUCAAGAACCAGUUUUGUUUAAAGAUGAUGAUCGAAUUGAUGAUGUAUUGCAUAGGAAUGAGAAUAUGAACACCAUGUUCCUAGCUUGGUUUGAAGCUAACAAAAAAUUUGAGGAAGGUAGAAACUUGACCUGUGCUGAAUUUCCAACAAAGUUUGUUUGGAUGUCUCAACAAAAACAAUGGAAACCAAGAAAGCAAGGUUAUAGUAUUGGUCGACUAACAUAUGUUCCUCCAGGACCAGAUGAAUGCUACUACAUGAGAAUCUUACUAACAAAACAAAAAGGUUGUAUUGAUCAUGAUAGUAUAAAGACAAUUAAUGGUAAAACAUUAUCCACAUACCAAGAGGCUUGCCAAGAAUUAGGAUUAUUGGCAGAUGACAAAGAAUUCAUUGAUGCCAUUAAAGAGGCUAGCCAUCUUGCAUCUGGAAAUCAACUUAGAAGGUUAUUUGUUGCUUUGUUAAUCAUGAAUACAAUGUCUAAGCCAAAUGUUGUUUGGGAUGCAACUUGGACUUUACUUGCAAAUGAUUUUCAAAUUCAAGAGCAUGAUUUACACAAUCUUUGCUUACUAGAAGUACAAGAACUUCUAAAUUCAAAUGGGCGAGCUUUAUCAGAUUAUAGUUGCCUUCCUCAACCUGAUCUUUCAAAUUCAUUCAAAUUUCAGAACAGGUUCAUUGUUGAUGAAAUGAAUUAUGAUAAAGAACAAAUGGAGAAGCUACAUCAAUCUCUAUUGCAGUCUGUCACUAAUGAGCAACUACAUGUUUAUAACAGAAUUAUGACAGCAGUGAACUCAGAGGUAAGGAAUUUCUUUUUCUUAUAUGGUUAUGGUGGUACUGGAAAAACAUAUCUCUGGAAACUUUUGUCAGCUGCUAUUAGAGCAAAGGGAAUGAUUGCCCUUAAUGUAGCUUCAAGUGGCAUUGCAUCUUUAUUGCUUCCGGGAGCUUUUGAUAGAACAUUGAGAGACAUUAAGAGAGCUACGAAUCAACAUAAUGCUGACAAACCAUUUGGUGGAAAGGUGGUGGUCUUGGGCGGUGAUUUUAGACAAAUCUUGCCAGUAGUAAGAAAGGGAUCAAGGUAUGAUAUUGUGAACUCAUCAAUUAACUAUUCUGAUUUGUGGCAAUAUUGCACAGUUCUUAAGCUAUCACAAAACAUGAGGUUAAAGACUGCUGCUUCAAAUGAAAGUGCAAAAGAUAUAAAAGAAUUUGCUGAUUGGAUUCUUAAAAUUGGCGAUGGAAAUAUGAAUUUGAAUGAAAGUGGUGAAGCCAACCUUUCAAUACCAAUCGAUCUUCUAAUUCAGGAAAGUGAAACACCUUUACUUUCUUUAGUCAAAUUUGUUUAUGGUGGUCUAAUUGAAAAUAUCAUGACUCUUGGAUUCUUUGAUGAUGGUGCAAUACUUUGCCCUACAAUUGAUAGUGUUGAACAAGUAAAUGACUUCAUUUUAUCUUUGAUUCCUGGUGAAGAACAAGUUUAUUUAAGUUCAGACACUCCUUGCCAAUCUGAUGAUGAUCAAGAAAUUCAAGGUGAGUGGUUUACUCAAGAGUUUCUAAAUGAUAUUAAAUGUUCAGGAAUUCCAAAUCAUAGGAUUAAAUUGAAAGUUGGCGUACCAAUUAUGCUUUUAAGAAACAUUGAUCAAGCAAAUGGUCUGUGCAAUGGUACAAGGUUGCAAGUUAAUGAUUUGAGAAAGAAUGUUAUCUCUGCUACAGUAAUAACUAGCAAAAAUGUUGGUGACAAAAUAUUCAUACCAAGAAUGAACUUGACACCUUCUGAUUCCAGCAUCCCGUUCAAAUUUCAAAGGAGGCAAUUUCCAAUAUCCUUAUGCUUUGCAAUAACAAUAAACAAAAGCCAAGGUCAAACUCUUUGUAAAGUUGGACUUUAUCUUCCUCGCCCAGUUUUUACUCAUGGACAAUUGUACGUAACAAUUUAUAGAGUCACAUCAAAGAAAGGACUAAAAAUCUUAAUUCUGGAUGAAGAUGGAAAAGUAACCACUACAACUACAAAUGUGGUUUACAAAGAAAUAUUUGAAAAUCUUUGA